AUGACUGGUCAGAAUGGCCUCUCUUCAUCUGUUGUGGAGACCGUAGCAGGAUUCACAGCAGGUAUAGCUUCGACAGUCUCCCUCCAUCCGCUCGACUUGGUCAAGAUCAGACUUCAAGUCGAUCGAUCUUCCUCCUCGCGCCUCGGCAGCUCGUUACGUAUCAUCCGUCAAAUUGCCCGUCAUGAAGGUGGCCUCGCAGCUUUUUACAGAGGAUUGGGUCCGAAUCUAGUCGGAAACUCGACUGGCUGGGCCCUUUAUUUCCUGUGUUACGGCAGCUUGAAGGAUAUCGCUGGUAGAUACCGGGCACGAGAUGGAGAUGCAGGUCUAGGACCACUGACAUCCUCGGAUUACUUUCUGACAUCAGGAAUCGCAGGAAUUAUCACAUCGGCUCUCACAAACCCAAUUUGGGUAAUCAAGACCCGAAUGCUCUCCACCGGCUCACAAGCUCCGGGCGCGUAUACUUCCCUAUCAUCCGGGAUAAAGCAGAUCUAUGCAACCGAAGGUGUAAAGGGGUUUUAUCGCGGUCUUGUCCCGGCUCUAUUUGGCGUUAGUCAUGGUGCUCUUCAAUUUAUGGCAUAUGAACGACUUAAAAUUCUUCGGUCGAACUCGAUGCGCCAUGAUGAUACCGUGGGCAUGGGUGACAGUGACAAGGCGGGCCUUGCGACUGGAACCCGACUUGGAAAUCUAGAUUUCUUCGUGCUCUCUGGUCUGUCUAAGGUCUUUGCUGGUUGUGUCACGUAUCCGUAUCAGGUUGUCAGAUCCCGAUUACAAACAUAUGAGGCUCACUUGUUGUAUCGUGGUACGACGGAUGCUAUGAGGCAGAUUUGGGCGAAGGAGGGACUUGCGGGCUUCUAUAAGGGGCUCGGUCCGAAUUUGUUUCGUGUGCUGCCGAGUACGUGGGUGACUUUCUUAGUUUAUGAAAAUAUGAAGUUAUUCCUGUCAUAA